AUGGCGGCAAUGCAACCUGCCUUCAGCUGCAAACAACUAGAAAGACUAUCAAAAAGAGCUGAAAAAGAUGAAAAAAUUCAAAGAAAUAAAUUGAAAAAGGCAUUAAUGCAACAAAACCUUGAAGGUGCUAAAAUUUAUGCAGAGAAUGCUAUUAGAAAGAAGAAUGAGAGUUUAAAUUAUUUACGAAUGGCUUCUAAAAUAGAUGCUGUAUCUUCUAAAGUACAAAGUGCUGUUGCUAUGAAAGGAGUUACAAAGAAUAUGAGUGGUGUUGUUAAAGCUUUGGACAAAGCAAUUAAUUCGAUGGAUUUACAAAAGGUUUCAGCUGUUAUGGAAAAAUUUGAACAACAGUUUGAAGAUUUAGAUGUCAGAACUUCAGUUUUAGAAGAUGCCAUGGGUAGUGUCACAACAACUUCAACUCCUUUAGAACAGGUUGAUAAUUUAAUACAGCAAGUAGCUGAAGAAAACGGACUAGAAAUCAUGGAUAAAUUAGCAGAAGGAGGAAGUGUACCAGCUGGCACUGUUUCAGUUGGGGAGAGAUCCAAAGCAGAAGAGGAUUCUUUAAGUCGCAGAUUGGCUGCUCUGAGAAAUUAAAGUACUUUACUGUCCAUUGGAAAUGAAUAACCAAUAUGUAUGUUCAGUUUCAAUUUUGUGAUUAUUACUUAUCUGAAAGAUAAACCGUAAAAACAUUACCUGCCAUAUUAACUCUGAGGCUGUGAAUAUAUAUUAUAAAGGGAGUUUCUUUCAGUGAAACCUUCCGAAAACAAUUUAUUUCUAUAGAGUUUAUCACCUUUUGAGAUUUGGCAAAUUUUUGUUUUCGUAAUAACUGCAACCAUAAAACAGUUUUCAUACUAGUACCUAUCUGUGCCUUGCCUUUUUUUUUUAUGCCAAAUGUUUGUGAUUCAAGUUGAAUAUAUAAAAUACAUAUUGCGCUGUAAAAUUCAAUGUAUCCUGUAAAUAAAAUAAAUAAAAUAUAGUCUUGGAAGAACUGUUAAAGUUGAUAUAUUAAUUUAGAACUUUCUAGUGUGUUAUUGUAUAUUACUAGAAUUUUCUAAACCAUUAUAUGUAUAAUAUGUAAAAUUCCUUUUUAACUGUAUAUUGUGAUUAUGAAAUAAUAUAAAAUCCUUUUUUAAGAAUAAUU